AUGCACUGUGUCCCUUGAACACAGCGGAUCACCGAUCACGGGGACACGUACACUGAUCAUCAGGGCACUGAUGAUCAGUGUGCCCUGAUGAUCAGUGUAGCCCCAGCAGUGCCACCUGUCAGUGUUCAUCAGUACCUUGUGUCAGUGCCUCGUGCCAGUGUCCAUCAAUGCCACAUAUCAGUGCCUACCAGUGCACAUCAAUGCCACAUAUCAGUGCCCAUCUGAGCUGCGUAUCAGUGCCACCUAGUAGUGUAGCCUGCCAAUGCCCAUCAGUGCCACCUACCAGUGCCUCCUCAUCAGUGCCCAUCAUUGAAGCCUCAUUAGAGCAUAUCAGU